AUGACUUAGUAUACAAUUGAAAUACAUAUUGCUCAUUGUACAUACAUAUAUGCAAGUAUUUUUAAUAAAGAAAACCCCCCACUUACAAUGAAUUGAAAACAAUUGUAAGUAAGAAUUGUGUUAAACAAAAAGAAAUUGUAUUUACAUAAAUGAGAUUUACUUAUUACUUGGCUAAAACCUAUAAAAACUUAUUGAUGACUCUCGCCAACAAUCAUUUCAAUUGUUACAAUUCAAACAAAGACAUUAAAAUAUUCGCUGCACAAAAAUGAAAUAUAUUGCAGUACUUGUAUGCGCCUUAUUUUUGAUCUGCUCGGUUCAGGCACAAUGUCCUAGUAUUUGUCCAGCUGUUUAUCAGCCAGUUUGUGGUUUUAAUGGUCGCUGUUACAAACAAUUCAGCAACUCUUGUCAGAUGGGGGUGGAAAAUUGCAAUAAAAAACAGAAUUUCAGACAAGUGAGUUUGGGAAACUGUAAUGGAUCAAAAAGAUGUUAAUUUAACAACAUUAUACAUAUCAACAAUGAAAAAAAAUAUAAUAUAUAUUAAUUAAGUAAAUAUUAUAUUUUAGUCCUAAUACAUCUAUCAUUUAUAAACAUAAUUUGGGUAUCAUUCUUGUAAAAAUAAAAAAUAAAAUUAUUAUUUUAAAA